UAAAAAAUAUUUCUCACAGUGCAGUACAAAAAUGGAGAAAAAAGUCUUUGAUAAUUGUCUGAAAAAUGCACUCAAUGAGAUGCGGAUAUUUUAUCACUCAGGCUUACCUGACUACAACGUCAAACCCUUCGACCCUCAUUACGGAAAAUUCAUCGAGCAACGACGCGGCGACGCUGGCACGGGCUUAUUUGGCUACAAAUUAGUCUUAUCUGAUGUAUACGAGUACGGAUGGGCCGAUUCCAAAAUCACAAGUCUUCGUACCGACCCCGAAAAUGAUCGAUUUGUGUACUCGCAAUACUUUGGGAACAAAAGUCUGACAGGAAAUUACGACUUUCGAGCGAGAAUUUUGGGAGCUCCCAUCCACACAAAAGGCUCUUGGAACUUAGUGCUUGGAGAUUAUAGUCAAACAACGAGUGUUAAGCGAACAAAUGGCCCAAAUAGCUUAUUAAAAAUCAAUGUCGAAGUCGAUCAAAUCGGAAAAAUGUCUUUGCAUAUCUCUGAUUUGUUCAACGGAAGGAAACAACUUGAAAAUGUCAUGGAUUUUCUGAUAAAUGCCGCUUGGCAACCCAGUUUGGUGUUCGUGAAGCCCCUAAUUAAUGACUUGGUAUCAACCGCAUUCACAGAUAUUUUUAACGAAUCCUUCAGAUAUUUUCCGGUGCAUGAGAUAAUUCAUUGA